AUGGCUCGGGUGAUCUGGUCGCUGGCGUCCUUGGCGACGUGCGCUGCCGGUCCGGCUCCGAUCGACGCCAAAGCCAACGCCCACCCAAGCCCCGAGAAGAGCAUCCAGCAUUAUCCUUACGAGGACUUGAUCUCGGAGACGGUGGGCUUUUGCUACCGGGAGCUGGUGAAGAAUUCGAGCUGCUGCUUGGACCAGGAGUAUGGCAAAGGCGUGCGCAAGCAGGUGGUGAGACGGCCUGGCGUGGGAUGGCUCUGCGGCAAGGAUUGCUACGAUGAUGUGAAGGGCUACCGCGGGGACGAUGUUCUGUGGAUACCGCACAAGGCAACAUGCGACACUCCUCGCCUCAUGUGGAUUCACGGUGGCAGUUGGGAGUAUGGGUCACCCGACACCCUGUCCUACGGCCAGCUCGCCUCCAAGAUUGCCUCGCUCUCUGACGCCAUCGUGAUGGUGCCCGACUUUCCUCUGACGCCGGUGGGGGACUACCAUGUGAUCAUGAAGGCGGGCCUGGACGCCCUGCGCUGGCUGGCGGAGGCGGAGCUGGGCAUGAGGUGCCGCCCGGGCAGCGCGCCGCUGCUCAUCGGCGGGGACUCGGCGGGGGGUGGCACUGCGGUGAGCCUCACGCUGGUGCUGAAGAAGAGCAACGGCUGGAUCCCGCAACCCGUGGCCAUCACGGCGCCCACACAGCCGCAGAUGGCCCAAGCCCAGAUCCUGGCAGGUGCCAUUUUCUUCAGCCCUUGGACAAACCUCCGAUGCGACACCCCUGACUACUACUACAACGCCUUCGCCAAGAUCGUGGACAAGAAGGCUUUUCGGGACCCGAGCUCGGGGGUUGCCUACGUGGGGGACCUCAUGUUCCGCGGCCAUCCGGAGGAGAAUUUGGACGAGUUCACGGCCAACGCCAAGAGCUACGUGGGAAGUGACGACAGCUUGCUGACGGACCCCGUGGCCUCGCCCUUCUUUGGGACGGAGAAGGAGCUUGGAGGCGGGGGCAUCCCGCCCUUGCUCUUCAUGGUGGGCGGCUCGGAGUCCAUCUUGGGCGACAGUAUGAUCGUGGCCCAGAAGGCGGCCUUCUUCGGCGCCAGCGUUCACGUGGACGUGCACGUGGGCAUGUGGCACGACUUCCCCAUGUACUCCGAGGGCUGCGGCGCGGGCAAAGAGCUCUGGCAGGCCUCGCUGGCCCUGAACCGCACUGCCAACUUCAUCCGGGGAGUGUCGGCACGAAGUAUCCGCGCCAGUCGCUUGGGGCUCCAGUGGCCACCCUCCACCUCCAAGCCUAGCACGCCACAUACCAGGUACAUCUACGAUGUCACCAGGCCUGGAGCUUACAGGUGGUUCCCCAAGAGCCUCUUGGGCGCCACCUCCGGUGCCACGAGCUUCUUCGAGCUGCCGGAGCCGACUCCCUUCGCGCACCUUGAGAAGGAGAUGGAGCAGGUGCCGCUGACCCGUUUGGCAGCCAUCGGCCUGUUGGCUGCCGGCUUGGUGGCACAAGUGAGCUACUUCAUGCUGAGGAGGCGUCGAGGGAGAGAAGGCUACGCCUUGAUGGAGGCAUAA